GCUGCGUGUAGCGCAGACCGAGUUCGACCGCCAGGCAGAGGUGACGCGUUUGCUGCUAGAGGCCAUAAGCAGCACACAUGUGAACCACUUGCGCUGUCUGCAUGAGUUUGUGGAAGCCCAGGCUACUUACUAUGCACAGUGCCACCAGCACAUGCAGGAGCUACAGAGGGAGCUGGCCAGAUCAAGUGGAGAUGCCUUACCCAACACCUUCGCCAUGAGCCCCAGCCGGUCGGCUGGCGUCUCUGCACAGCUGGCACCCCCACCGGGGGCUAGUCCCACCCCCAAGACUCUGGAGGUGGAAGACGUGCAAGCCCCCGCAGCUGGCACGCGCAAGGCCAAGGUGCUGUACGACUACGACGCAGCAGACACGAGCGAGCUGUCCUUGCUGGCUGAUGAGCUCAUAACGGUGUACACGCUGCCAGGAAUGGACCCGGAUUGGCUGAUCGGAGAGCGAGGCAACCAGAAGGGAAAGGUGCCCGUCACAUACCUGGAGCUCCUGAGCUAGUGCCUUGGACGGACAGCACUGCUCACACCACGACAUAAUGUACAGCCAGUGACGCCCAUAGAGAAUGCACAGCAUACCCCUAAAAUCCCAGGGACGAUCCCCAGAGCUGCUUAGACCGCUGAACAGGGAACAUCCACAAGAACCACAAGUGAAGGGAACGCAUGUAUGUAUGCAUGUAUGUAUGUAUCAAAAACAUGUGAGCUGACUUCCAGGCUCCAGGUGUAGGUGACUGGGGACCGGCUGUAGAUCAGCUGCACACUCCCUUCGGACUUUGCCGGCUUGCUCUGACGGCAGGGCUGUCACUCGUUCACCUGUGGUGUGUGAUGCCCCGUGACCACCGUUGACAAGCCGUGAUACAGAUGAAGACGCCUGCAAGCUUCCGUCAUAUGUUGGCUUACCGCCCAAAUGGUGGGAGUGGAUUUUAGAUACUAAAAAUAUCAUUCUAGUGUCAACUUGUGGUUUUUAUUUAUUGUUUUUCCCAUUCGGCUCAAAAUGUCAUGUGAAAUAAUCAUAUUCGAAUUGCAAAAUGGAGGUAAUGUUGUGAAGCCUUCCUGACCUCUGGUAUAAGGGGGUUUGUUGUGUGUCUGACUGUGACUGUGUACAUUCUAUGUAAUUUUUAUUUAUAAACAUCCCAGAAGUAGCCUGUGUCCCCUGACAAUUUGUGAGUUUUCUGCUUAUUGGUCUGCAUAUGAAAAGGAAACUAUAGCAUUUAUCUAUAUAUAGUUUCUCCUGCUGUUGUUUUUUUUAACUUCCCAUUCUGUUAUACAAGCCAAUUUUUAAAUAAAAGGAAUCGGCUCUCUACAUGCUAUAUAUCUUUUGUCUUUUACUACUUGUAAUUUUUUUAUGAAGUAGACAGUCCUUUGCUGUAAGAUACAGUACAUUGACAAUUUUCAGUUUUGUGGUCUGCUGUCAUUCGCUGGCUGGUCUAACCCUGAAGGAAAUGGGCCAGAUCAGUUGCUGAUGCCACAUUACAGUCCCACUGGCUCUGGAUUUCUGUGCCUCAUUUAUCUUUUUCGUGGUGAGAUGGUUGAGCUCUUUGGCCACAGUGGGGUGAAUUCUUACUUCUUCAGAGCGGUGACCCACCUCUUCUCUCUCAAGUCUGUUUCUCCCCCAGUCCAAUUUAAAAUCUGUCCCUUAUACUCAAGUGUAGUGAAUUGGUGUAAAUUUGAAAUGUAAUAAAAAUCACAAAGAAAA